AUGAGAACUCACACUGGAGAAAAAUCAUUUAAGUGUGAUCAGUGCGGGAAAGCCUACAGCUCAAGCUCUUAUCUUACACAUCACAAGAGAAUGCACACUGGGGAGAAGCCGUAUGAGUGCCAUGACUGUGGAAAAACCUUCCAAGAUAGCUCACUUCUCAGACAACAUUCAGGGACUCAUUCAAGAGAAAAACCCUACAAAUGUAAUCAAUGCAGCAAAACCUUCAGUAGAAGCUCUAGGCUUACCAUACACCAGAUAACAUAUACUGGAGAGAAACCUUAUACAUGCAAUGAUUGUGGGAGAACCUUCAGUAUUCUCCCAUAUUUUAAAAGACAUAGGAGAAUCCACACUGAGGAGAUAGGCAUUGAAUGUAGCCACUGUGGUAAAGCCCUAAGUAGUAACUCAUCUCUUAAGAUACACCUGUGGAUACAUACUGGAGAGAAACCUUACAAGUGUGAUAGAUGUGGGAAAGCUUUUAGGCUGAGCUCCAACCUUAUCACACACAAGAAAAUUCAUAUUGGAGAGAAACCCUAUAAGUGCAAUGAUUGUGGGAAAGCCUUCAGGGAUCGCUCAUGCCUUAAAGAACAUGUGAGAAUUCAUAAUGGAGAAAAACCAUUUACAUGUAAUCAAUGUGGAAAAGCCUUCAGAUUCAGAGUUAUAGCCAUGGACUUCGAAAACACGGAGAAGAAAUGA